AGCCAUAGAAAAAGCUAAAGAUCAACCACCUCGCCUGUUUGCUCUCCUCACCCUUUUUUUUCUCUCUCCUCCUCACAACCCCAGCCUUCCCUUUCAUCAGCACAACUUUCCUCUCACCACCGAAUAUCAACGGUCUACGGUUCGCGCCCCGGUUUGUUCAUCGCCUACUGCCAGCUCCUUCAACUGCGUCGCGAUGCCGAAGGAGCAUAAGCGCGAUCCUCAUACAAAAUCGCCUGUUGUGGGCCCCACCCCGCCUCUUCCGGCCUCGGUUGAGGAGUCCUAUCGCCAAAAGUGCAUCGACUUGAAGAAACGUAUCAAAGAGAUAGAAACUUCUAAUGACGUUCUCGUCGUGCGCAUGCAGAGAGCUGAGCGUGGAAUCCAGCGCAUGAGAUUGGAGCGCGCUUUCCUACUUCAACAAUUAGAGCAACGAACUGAUCCCAGGGUUGACGAUUCUGAAGGAAGUCCAAGUCCUCCUCCCACUCCCAAGGACAAACCUCUCCGCACUAAGCGUGCCCGUAAAGAUCCACCUCCUAUGGAUUCCCCUAUGCGCCAGGCGUCGCCUUCUCCCUCGAGGGAUGGUCAAGAUUACACUUUCGUUUCUACUGCAUUCAACUCAGCUCCCACUGAUAAUGCCGACUCUCCAGGUCCUAGUCAGCUUAGCAUCCCGCCAAGCGUGCCUCCCAAGACCGGAAAGGGUUCCAGGAGCAAGGGUGGACCCAAGAGACCUCCCAAUGCCUACAUGAUUUUUUGCGAAAAGGAACGGGAUGCAGUAAGAGAGCGUGAGUCUAAGAAGGACGGUUUCGACAUGCACAAGGCCUUGGCUCAGGCUUGGAGAGAUCUCAAAGCUGAAGGCCAAAAACCAUAUUUCAACGAAUACGAAAAAAACAGAGAAAAGUACCUAGAAAAAGUUAACGACCUAAAAACUGAUGCUGACAAGAGCUCCAUUGGCGGGAAUGGAGGCUCCUGGAAGAGAGGGGGGAGGGCUGUUUCUGCUGCAUCUUCUGUGGUUGCGGCCUCUUUCGAGGCACCGUUGAGCCCGGCACCAGGUAGCAUCAACGAUGACGAGCAGGAAGAUGCUGCGGUCCAAUCGCAAGGCGAUGGAAGCGGAGGUGGAUUCACAGCUGUAAACAGGUGA